UUAUCUAGAUGUGAUACGUUUGAUCCAAACAAUUCGAAAUCGGAAGUAUAUGGCAUUAAGGUACCUUUUCACGCUGACGCUCUACUCGCUCAACGCUUAACUUCAGCGUUAGAAGACGUCACGUGACUGAAAAUGACCAACCGUUGCAGUAGUUUUUGGUCACUUGAUAUUUUCUAAUGCUGAAAUUGAGCGUCGAGCGUCGAGUGUCAGCGUGAAAAGACACCUUAAAGGCACGAACUUUUGUGUAAGGCAUAACGCAUAAGAAAUUAACCAACUAGAGUCCUUCAUUCCCAUCCUCAUUUCUCAUUCUGCGGAUCUCUGAUUGGUUGAUUCCCUUAUGCCUUAUGUAAAAGUGCUUCGGCCUUUACUUUGCUUACUGUUACCUAGUGUACGUGUACACACAAAGUUCAGGCUGUUUGUAAAUAUGGCCAUUUUUUGUGUGGUCUGAAAUCUGUUGGCUUGGGUGUAGUCGAAAAAGACAUUUAAACAAAAUUAUCCCGAUCUCGCAUAUAUUCGCGCAGCUGGUUAUAUUUCCUACGUCAAUUUGUCAGUUCAGGUUGAACCUUGCAAACGAGAAAUUAAUAUGGAUAAAUGCAAUAGCAUCCUUAAAGAUGCUCAAGAGAUAAGAGUGUGCUUGUUUAACAAAGGUCAGGAUGUUGAUGAAACAGUGAUAUGUGAACUUCUGGCCAGCUAUGAUUCUAAUUGUCAUAUGGACAAGACAGAAUAUAUUUUUAACAUGAUAACAAAUAAUGACACGGCACUGGUUAAAUCAGAUUCCAUUCUGAAAAAAUCUUCCGAUCUUAAACUCGACACUAUUGAACAAUUCUUUAAUGAAAUUGAAUCAUCUAAUAUGGAGGUUGAAUCUGUGACAUAUGAUAAUAAUCAUGAUUUUACUGAUGUCACUGAUGUUACUGAUGUUACUGAUGUCACUGAUGUUACUGAUAUUACUGAUAAAGUUACUGAAUCUAAUACACCAAAUUCUUCUGGUAUAUAUGUGACUGCAGAAAUUAUUGAUAUUUCAUCAGAUUCCAACAAUGAUACAAACUUUUGUCAGCCUGCUAACGAUAAAAAUGUGCUUCUAGGAAAUCUAAUACGUACUUUACCCUCAUAUUCUCCUUCGAAACCAUGUACUGAUACAUCAUCUUUGCAUGAACCUAUGAUUAUUAGUAAUGAUAAUCAAGCAAAAUGUUUGAAAGAAAAUGAUAAUGAUGUUAUAUACAUAAAGAAAGUUGUUCAUAAGAGGAUCAGACUUUCUGGAAGUCCACAACCAGGUUGUAGUAAAGAUUUUGAUCCAGCAAACACAUUUCCAGAAUUGGAAGAAAUAUCAGAUUGCAAUAAUUGCAAUGAUUGCUAUGAUUGCUAUGCUUCCGAUAAAAGAUUGCACAUGGAAGCAGAAAAACUUAAUUCUCUUCUACCUGCAUCUUAUUCUUACGAUACAAUUUUGAAUAAACUUGUUACUAAUAAUUUUGCAGAAAAUCGUAUUGAACUUGCACUGUGGGAUUUAUUACCAGUGGAAAGACCCAAAAUCCAAUAUAAACAACUAAACACUUUAUCUUACAACGGAUGUAUGAAACUUAGAAAUUGUCAUAAUUUUUCAGAUAAAACAGAUACAGAUACAGAAACAAUUUUAAAGAAAGAAGAGAAAGCAUGUGCAAGUAGUAAAAUAAUGACAGAUAUAAAAUCAGAAAAUAGAAAGUCUAUAUUACCAAUAAAUAAUAAAACAAAGAGUAAUAUGAUGGAAGAGAUAGUAGUUGAGGAUGUUUUCAGUAAUAAUAUUAACCAACAAAUUAUGACACCAGUACAAAUUCAAGAAGCAAAGUUAAAUGAAUUAAAAGCAUCCACUAGCAGUGAAGAAAGCAUGCCACUAUUCAAAAAAAUAAAGUUAGAUAAAUUAGAUGCACCUAAUGAGGAUACUAAUAAUUAUAAUAAUGAUAACCAACAAGAGACAUUAUUCAGAAAAGAAAAAUUAAAUGAGUUUGAUACAUCUAAUAAGGAUAUUAACAUGUGUCAUAUGCAUGAUUCUGAAAAAUCUGUAUUGAAUGAAACAGAAAUUGAUUUAAAAGACACAAUGUUACAAGCAACAAAGGUUUCGAUGCUAGAUGAAACAGAAGUUGCCGACGUACAUAACUAUAAUAAUCCUAUACCUAGACCAAAGCUCAUACGUCUCAGACCAACAGAACUUUUAUUUAAUGUUGAUAACAUGGAUGCAGUAGCUGGACCAUCAACAUCAUCAUCAUCAUCAUCAUUUCAAUCUUCAAUUUUAUUACCACCAAAGUUCAAAUAUAUGGAAAGAAAACAGGAAUUACCAUGCAUAUACUCCAAAUGUGCCAAUACUCCAAAUGCAAAUGUUCAAGAUACUCAGAGAACUUCUACACCGAAACCAUUUUAUGAAUAUAAUCCAUUCCGCACUUUAGCAAAAGACAAAGAAGCAUCUCAUACGAAUAUUGCUUUUUCACAUUCAUCUGUUAAUCCUGUUAAGUGGAAUGCAGCCAUUUUCCCGAACAGAUUAUCGGAUAGAAAAGGAGAAUGGUUUGAGUUCCAAAAAAGUGUGCUCGAGCCCCUUCCAAAUUUCAACAUGUUUGCUAAGCCAUGUGUCUCUGAUUCAAUGGGUGCACCAUCUUUGUUAACAAAUAAUACAUUACACUCCACACAAUUGAACGGAACAAAAGACGUGCCUAUUUUAAACCUAUCACAAAAAGGUAAUAGUGAAAAGGUAAUAGAAGAAAAUAAUUUGGAGCAAAAAGGAGACGAAGCCAACACAUUUCAGGUGUUUAAUCAAGAAAAUAUGGAACAGAAACAGAUGUUUCCUCAUACUAGUGCAGAAAUAAAUGCACGUGAGGAGCAAGUAGACAGAAACAAUGUCGAAGAAAUAGUAUUAAAUGAGAAAGCUCUUAAAUUAUACUACAAACUAAUACCCAUGUUUCCAAGUGUAAAUACUAAUUUUGUCAAAAAAUUGUGCCAGAAUAGUGUUGAAAAUAUGCAAACAGCAGAUGAAGCAACACAGCUACAACAUUUAGUUGAUCAAUUGCUCGAUCAUGGUCCAGAGCAUCCCUAUGUUAAGAAAGAGGAACCAUUGGAACUAGUGAAAUCUGCCAUUACUUACGACCUUAAUGAACAAUAUGCUGAUUUAUUAGGAAUAUUUCCAGAAGCAGAUCCUGAGUAUUUAAGACAAAUAGCUGAGAAAAUAUAUAAUGAUCCUGAAGAAUUCAAGCUGUUUGUCCAGUCAAAAUUGGAAAAUCCGGAUUAUCCAACUAGACAGCAAUAUCUAAAUAAAAAAAAGAUUAGCGAACAAGUGAAACAGUACACUACAAAUUUCAAUGUGCAACAAUUCUUGGAAAUAUUUCCAAAUCCAUUUGCACAUUUUGAAGAUAGAUAUAGACCAUGUGUUUUUAAUGCAUAUGCAGUAGAUUUUCUCAAAUAUUACUUUAGUAAAAUCAGGGUGAAUACAAUGCUGAGUUUUUAUAGUCGGAAUGGAUACAACUUAAGUGCAACUGUGAAAGCUUUAGAAACUCUAACCCCCAAUAUGAAAACUAAACGCUGUAGCAAAAUUAUGCCAACGGAAAACAUACCCCUUCUGCAAGAGAUUGCUUUCAUACAGCAUAAAGGAGAAAUUCAGGAUUAUUUGGAUAAAUUGAAGGCAGAAGAAAAGGAAGAAUUUAAUAAGCUUAAGGCAACCAAUGGACUGCUCGAAUGUCAGUGUUGCUAUGAUAACGAGUGUAUGCCAUCAAAAUGUUCCACAUGUGAGGAUGGGCAUGUAUUUUGCAACUCAUGCAUUAUGAGAAGUACAGACGUGACAUUGGCGGAUGGCAAAACGCAUGUUCUUUGUUUAAUGAAUUGCGGCCGAGAAUUUUCUUUGUCAAUACUACAGCGAAUACUACCACCAACCAAAUUUAGCAUUCUUCUUUGCAAACGGCAAGAAGCAGAGGUAAUGGCUGCUGGUGUGGAAGGUUUAGUAUCAUGCCCAUUCUGCCAUUUUGCAUCUAUACCACCUCCCGAGGAUAAAGUAUUCAAAUGUCUUAACCCAGAUUGCAUGAAGGAAUCAUGUCGAUUGUGCAAGGAGCCUAAUCAUGUACCUUUGAAGUGCGAUGAAAUCAAAACAGAUGUUGCACGUUUGUACUUGGAAGAAAAGAUGACGGAAGCUUUAGUACGGAAAUGCUAUAACUGUGGGCGAACAUUUUUCAAAGAAGAUGGGUGCAAUAAAAUGACCUGUAUAUGUGGUGCACUCAUGUGUUACAUUUGCGAUAAACCUGUAAAAGGUUAUGACCAUUUUCAAGGUCAAGGAGCAAUGGCCUCAAACCUCUGCCCAUUAUGGAGCGAUGAUCGUCGCAUGAAUGCCGAAUCUGUUAUUAAAGUUUGUCAGGAAACGAUGAAACACAUUAAAGAGAAGAAUCCUAACAUUGAUAUAAAUGUUGAGUCUCUUUUGCCGAAGCUACCACCCAAAACUAGAGGCCCUCAUGAAGAUAUUGCUAAUGCCAAUGCAGUACCGGUAUACAUAUAAUCUAUAUCUAUAAAAUAAAUAUACAUGCAAAUCGAAUUGCAAGACAAAAUCAAUAAUAACUUGCUCAUUAUUUAAUGUUUAAUAUUUUAUAAACCAAAGGCUCUUGCUAGUCAUGAUAGUAAGAGUGCAAGUACAAAGGAUAGUGAUAGAGCAGAUAAACUAAUAAUUCUGUAAUUUAUAAUUGGAUGUAGUAAUAACAUAAAUAACUUUACGCAAUUUUGAAAAUAUUUUCGAAAAUUUUGAGAAAAAUAAAUGAUUAAAGUUUAUAAAAUAGGAAUUAAUUGAGAGAAAGAACAAUUUUUAUUUUUUAUUUAUUUUUUCACACUUAACGACAGAAAAUGAAUUAACAUCAUUUCAUUACUGCAUCCAAUUCUAGAAUUAAUUUUAUAAAUACAAAAUGAUAUAGCUUGUAACCGUAUAGUAUUUUAAUCUUUAUGAUUAAUAUUU